AUGUCUGAAUAUCCUUCGUCUCAUGCGGCGUCGGGAAGUUUCAAAGUUGAAGAAACGACCGUUGACAACUACUCAGAAGACGACCGUAAUUCCAGCAUCAACGAAUUCGGCCACGGCAAAGGCGCGUUCACCACUGCGUAUUUUAACGUGACAUGUGUCGUCGCCGGUACCGGUACAUUGGGUCUUCCAAAUGCCUUUGCCACUGGUGGGUGGCUCGGUAUCCUCAUCUUACUCUUGGCCUACGGCAUGGCUGUAUACAGCGGCGUCGUUCUGAUUCGUUGUCUCUACUAUAAGCCGGGUCAAAGGUUGCACGAUUACAAAGCCAUGGGCACUGCCGCGUUUGGAUGGGUGGGCUACGCCGUCGCUUCCGCUCUUCAUUUCCUUAAUCUGUUCGGCUGUCCUGCACUUUACUUGGUGUUGGCGGCCGGCAACUUGAAUCAACUAUUGGCCAAUACGAAAGGAGCAUUAACACAACAAUACUGGACCAUCAUUGUUGGUGCUUUCUUGCUGAUUCCUUCAUUAAUUAUGAAGACAUUGCGUGAAGUAACAUCCAUUGCCGCUAUUGGUGCUGUUUGUACAAUGAUCGCGGUGUUUAUCGUCGUCGUUCAAGCACCAAUGGACCACAAUGCUAACCCUCAACGUGAGGUUCAUACGGAUGGUGUCAUCUGGACUGGUUUCCCGUCGGCACUUUCCACCAUUGCUUUCUCCUUUGGCGGUAACAAUACCUAUCCACACGUUGAACACGCCUUGGCUAAACCUCAUCAGUGGAAAUGGGCUCUUUUGGCCGGUUUAUCUACAUGUACGGCCUUGUAUUUCUUGACCGCGGUUCCUGGUUAUUGGUCCUAUGGUGACAAGACAAAGUCUCCUAUUUAUGAUUCGCUUCCGGAAGGCGCGGGCAAGACGAUCUCCAUGAUCGUGAUGACAAUUCACGUUAUCUUUGCUAUUCCGAUCUACACCACGUCAUUUUCGCUCGAAUUCGAACGUUGGACGCGGGCCGAUGAAGCGCGACUUGGCAAACUGGGUGCUUGGAUCGCUCGCGCGGUUAUUCGUACUUGUACCAUGGCGAUUCUCGUGAUCUUGGCCGUGUUUAUUCCGUAUUUCGACGAUUUCAUGAGUCUUAUCGGUGCACUUGCCAAUUGUGGUCUGGUUUUCUUACUACCGAUUCUGUGCUAUCUGCGGCUCACGGGUAUCCGCAACAAGCCGAUUUAUGAACUGGCCUUCUGUGCGCUGACCAUUUUCCUCGGUAUCAUUGGCUGUGUCUUUGGUACCAUUGAUGCCAUCAAGGCACUCAUCAAGGAUUUCAAUUCUGGCAACUAG